AUGUGUCUGGUCAUAUAUGAAGCAUUAGUAGGGGGGAAAUCCUUUGUAAAGUCAAAACUAAGUUUCCCAGAGGAUAAGCCCUCAUAUGACAAAGACAUGAAGUCUGCCAACCAUUUCAUUUCAUUUUAUUACUUGCUACUAUCAUUCUCUUUAAGCCAAACCGAGAAACUCUUCCACACCCGGGAUCAGUCAGAUGUACAAAGUUCUUCUCUUCAGCAAGCCGAGCUGGUUACAGAUCUGAUCUCUGCACAGCAAUAUUUAGUAAAAUAUGGCUGGACAGAACCCGUUGCCUGGGAUUUAUCAAGUACACGUGAUAACGAACCUCUGAAAGAUUUCACUCUGAUGCAGGAGGGUAUAACUGACUCAAGACUUGAUGAGCCGCCAAAAAGUCCUUCAUUAAUUAAUGCACUCAAACGAUUUCAAAAGCUAAAUAAUUUGCCCACCACUGGGAGAUUGGAUGAUGCUACCAUCAAUGCUAUGAAUAAGCCAAGGUGUGGAGUACCAGACAACCAGAUCACGAAAACCAACCCAGAGAAACAAGAAACAGAAAAGUUAUCUGAGAACAAAACAAGACCAUUAAACAACUCAAGUUCAGAUCCACCAAAAAUCCGGAAAAAGAGGUUCUUGGAUCUGCUAAUGACUUCAGACCAGUAUAGAAAAGAACAGGAGGUCAUCAAAGAAGGUGGAGAAAAGGCAUUUAACAAAAAACUUCUCAAAUGGAGAAUGAUUGGAGAAGGAUACAGCAGUCAGCUUUCAAUUAAUGAGCAGAGAUACGUUUUCAGACUAGCAUUUCGAAUGUGGAGUGAAGUUAUGCCUUUGGAUUUUGAAGAAGAUAAUACUUCUCCAAUAUCUCAAAUAGACAUCAAGCUAGGAUUUGGCCGAGGCCGUCACUUGGGGUGUUCACAGGCUUUUGAUGGCUCAGGGCAGGAGUUUGCACAUGCCUGGUUUCUGGGUGAUAUACACUUUGAUGAUGAUGAGCACUUCACAGCUCCCAGCAGUGACAAUGGGAUCAGUCUCCUUAAAGUUGCAGUCCAUGAAAUUGGCCAUGUUCUUGGGUUAUCUCAUAUCUAUAGGACUGGAUCAAUAAUGCAACCCAAUUAUAUUCCACAAGAAUCUGGCUUUGAAUUGGACUGGUCUGACAGAAAAGCAGUACAAAAUCUUUAUGGUUCAUGUGAAGGACCUUUUGACACAGUCUUUGAUUGGAUUCGUAAAGAGAGGAACCAAUUUGGAGAACUAGUUGUUAGAUACAACACAUACUUUUUCCGUGAUGGCUGGUAUUGGAUGUAUGAAAAUCGUAAAAACAGAACACGAUAUGGGGAUCCAAUUUCAGUCUCUACAGGAUGGAGUGGAAUUCCAACACAAAAUAUUGAUGCUUUUGUUCAUGUUUGGACUUGGACCAAAGACGCCAGCUAUUUCUUCAGAGGGACGCAAUUCUGGCAUUACGACAGUGAAAACGACAGAGCAUAUGCAGAGGACACAGAGGGAAAGACUUACCCCAGGUUAAUAUCUGAGGGCUUUCCUGGAAUUCCAAGUCCAAUUGACACGGCCUUUUUUGAUAGAAGAACCCAGUAUAUUUACUUCUUCAAAGGUUUGCAGGUUUAUGCUUAUGAUGUCCACAGGGACAGAGUUGUGCUAAACUUUCCCAAAAGGAUUGUAGACGUUUUCCCAGCGGUUGCAGCGAAUAACCACCCUAAGGGAAACAUAAACGCUGCCUAUUACUCGUACACGCACAGUUCUCUCUUUCUGUUUAAAGGGAAAGAAUUCUGGAAAGUGGCAAAUGAUAAAGACAGGAGACAAAAUCCAUCUCUUCCCUACAAUGGGCUGCUUCCCAAAAGAAAAACAUCAGAGCAGUGGUUUGACAUCUGUAACGUCCAUUCAUCCUUACUUAAGCUGUGA